AUGAUCAGCCAAAGAGGUAUUGAGGCCAACCCAGAGAAGAUCCAGGCUAUCUUGGACAUGACGAUACCCAAGACGGUCAAGGACAUUCAGAGCCUUACCAAGCGUGUCGCAGCCCUGACCAGAUUUAUCUCUAAGGCCACUGAUCGUUGCGCCCCAUUCUUCAAGGCACUUAAGGGUAGCAAACGCAACAUUACCUGGACUGCCGAAUGUGACCAGGCAUUCGACGAGCUCAAGGAGUACAUGAGCCGAGCCCCUUUAUUGUCAACCCCUGAGUCUGGAGACGUCCUCACCAUCUACUUCUCUGUCUCGGCUACAGCGGUUAGCUCAGUGCUCAUUCGACCACACGAAGGUGCUAAGCAUCCGAUGCACUAUGUGAGCAAAGGAUUGCAAGAUGCGGAGAUUCGAUACCCAGACAUUGAGAAACUUGCUUUCGCCCUGGUGGUUUCGGCUAGACGCCUCCGACCAUACUUUCAAGCUCACAUCAUCCAUGUCUUAACCAACCAACCACUCAGGCAAGUGCUGCAGAAGCCAGAAACUUCUGGGAGGUUAGUUAAGUGGGCCAUUGAACUUGGUGAGUUUGAUAUCCACUAUAAACCCCGCCAAGCCACAAAGGGCCAAGCCGUGACUGAUUUCAUAUCUGAAUUCACUGAACCCCAUACUCUGGCCAGUCCUCAGAUUGUAAUCACGCCUACUCUUACCUCGAACUGGGUUCACGUCGCUAGCAACGGCUCCCUAGAUUUAACUCAGCCCUUAUGGACCUUGUAUAUGGAUGGCUCUUCCAAUGCCUAG